CGCUCCGCCCGGCGGGCAUUGAACCCUCACCCGAGAAGCGCCGCCCCCGCUCCCGCCUCGCCCCGCCCCGCCCGCUCCGCUCCGCUCCGCUCAGGCCGCGCCACGGCUGACGCCCCCCGGCACCCGCCGUCAUGCCCCUGGCCGCGCCGCCCGCGCUCCUGCUGCCGCUGCUGGGGCUCGCAGCUGCUGCCGUCGCGGACUGUCCUUCAUCUACUUGGAUUCAGUUCCAAGACAAUUGCUACAUUUUUCUCCAAGAAGCCAUCAAAGUAGAAAGCAUAGAGGAUGUCAGAAAUCAGUGUACUGACCAUGGAGCGGACAUGAUAAGCAUACAUAAUGAAGAAGAAAAUGCUUUUAUAUUGGAUACUUUGAAAAAGCAAUGGAAAGGCUCAGAUGAUAUCCUACUAGGCAUGUUUUAUGACACAGAUGAUGCGAGUUUCAAGUGGUUUGAUAAUUCAAAUAUGACAUUUGAUAAGUGGACAGACCAAGAUGAUGGGGAGGAUUUAAUUGACACCUGUGCUUUUCUGCACAUCAAGACAGGUGAAUGGAAAAAAGGAAAUUGUGAAGUUUCUUUUGUGGAAGGAACACUAUGCAAAACAGCUAUUCCAUACAAAAGGAAAUAUUUAUCAGGCUUUUACCCAUUUUCGGAGUGCGGAGUGCGGAGCUUGACUCGCUGCAGUCUCGACCUCCUGGGCUCAAGCAAUUCUUCCACCUCAGCCUCCCAAGUACCUUGGACUACAGGUGUGGGUCGCCAUACCCAGAUAAUUUUUUUUGUACAGAUGGGGUUUCACCCUGUUACCCAGGCUAGUCUCAAACUCCUGGGUUCAAACGAUCCACCCACCUCAGCGUCCCAAAGUGCUGAGAUUACAGGCGUUGGGCCGCCAUGCCCAGCCACCCAUAUUAUUUUUAUCGAGUUGCCUUUAUUAUUGGUAGGAAUUUUUAAAAUAACUUUUGUUUCUUUAAAUUUGGAUAUGGGCCGGGCUAAAUAAUACAAAGCUUAGCCGGGCACGGUGGCGAGUGCCUAUAAUCCCAGCUACUUGGGAGGCUGAGGCAGGGAGAAUUACAUGAACCUGGGAGGUGGAGGUUGCAGCACUCCAACCUCGGUGACAGAGUGACUACAUCUAAAAACCAAAAAAAUUGAAUCUGAGUCCUUUGUCAGUUUUCUAUUUGGGGGUUACUACGAUAGAACUAUGACAGAGGAGAAGAAAAGAAGUGUUGAGUUCGUGUGUAUACAGGAAUUACAUCUUCAUUCAUCUAUAGGAAGAAGACAAUAAAUAACAAGCGUUAGUGUGGAUAUGCAGCAAUUGGAACUCUUGUGGUGGGAAUGUAAAAUGGGGCAGCCUCUGUGAAAAACAGUGUGGUAGUUCUUCAAAAAAAUUAAAAUUACCAUAUGAUCCAGCAAUUCCACUUCUCAGUAUGUAUCCCAAAUAACUGAAAGCAAGGAGUCUUUAAUAUCCGUACACCCAUCUCUUUGAUAGUUGUGUAUCUAUGUUCAUAGCAUCAUUUGCCAUAGCCAAAAGGUGGAAGCAACCCGUGUCCAUUGAUGAAGAGAUAAACAAAAUGUAAUCUGCGCAUACAAAUGAGUAUCAUUUAGCCUUAAAAGACACGAAAAUUCUGACACACGCUACAACAUUCAUAAACCUGAAGGACAUUAGGUUAAACAAAACAAGCCAGUCACAGGCCGGGCGCAGUGGCUCACGCCUGUAAUCCCAGCACUUUGGGAGGCCGAGGCGGGUGGAUCACCUGAGGUCAGGAGUUGGAGACCAGCCUGGCCAACAUGGCGAAAUCUCGUCUCUACUAAAAAAAAAAAAAAUUAGGUGAAACCUGGAGGCAGAGGCUGCAGUGAGCCGAGAUCGCUCCACUGCACUCCAGCCUGGGCCAGACAGAGCAAGCCUCCAUCUAAAAAAAAAAAAAAGAAAAGAAAAAAAAAAAAAAGCCAGUCACAAAAGGCCAAGUUCUGUAUAAUUCUUACCUACAGUAUGAGGUACCUGAAGUAGUCAACCUCACCAAGAAACUCUUUGCCAAGGGUUAGGUCAGGGAGAAAUGGGAAUUUAAUAGGUAGAGUUUCCAUUUUACAAAAUGAGUUGUUCUGUGAAUGGAUGGUGGUGAUGUAGCACAACGAAGUGAAUAUACUUAAUGCUACUGCUCACCUAAGAUAUAUUUGUUACAUGUAAUUCUUUAAAUUACAUUUAAAAAAAUCAAGUAGCAGAAGCAUGUUAUUUAGACAUGGAGAUAAAUAGCUGAAGCAACAGGAGUGUAGUUAACUUUAAGGAAUGGAUGUUCAGGUGAGUAGUAGUGGAGCAGGAGCACAGUAUUUUCAUUACGUAUCUUCUAGAACUGAUUUCUAAGCUAUGUAAAUGUAUUACUUUGGAAAAAACAGAGAUACAUGUAAGUUGGAACGUUUAGAAAAAAAUAGAUCUAUGGCUUCAAAACCAUGAAUAGAUGAAACAUCUGGCAACAUAGGGUCUUCAGACUACAGAAAAAGUAAUCUCUAAAUUCAUUACAUGUAUAUAUGUGUACAUAAAUGCAUAUUAAAUAUGUGUGUAUAAUUUAGUGAGUAAAUACUGUGUGUCAGACUUUCUCCUAAAGUUAGACAUUGAAGACAGAGCAAUGAACAAAACAAAAGCCCCUGCUCUCAAGCAUACAUUCUAGUGGGAAAGGUAAAACAAAAAUAUGUGAGAUAGUGACAUAUCCUAUAGGGAAAACAGGCAGAUAAGGAUGAAUUCCAGUGCAAGAAGGGAGGUGCUGUACUUUUUUAUUUUUCAUAGGGUGGCCAGGGAAGGCCUCAUUUGAUAAGGCCAUGAGUUUGCAGAAUCAAGACCUAAAGUUAAAGUGAAAGCCUGUCAUGUAGACAGACAGAGAUUAGGCUUAGUCUGACUUUAAGGAGUAACGGUAGAGAACAUGGAGUUGAAACAGCAAGGAAAACCACCCAAUAAUUAAGUGUAGCUGCAAUCUUGGCAAACAGGGAGUUCCCCUUCAUACCAAGUGUAAGCUGGAAGACUCCCUUGGGAAGAAUACUUUCAACAGAAUUAAGGUGUCCAUCGUCGGAUGCACCUAGUGUGGCAAGCAGACAGGAAAGGGCAAGUUAGUCCAAGCUGGGUUCAGCAAAGGUUACUAGAGAGGACACGGGAGUUAAAUCUUCAAGGACAGGUUAUCUGAGAUGACAAAUCAGGACCAAGGUGAAGGGUUGAAUUUUUGCUGUCACUAAAUGGACUUGGGCAAGUCAUUUAAACCCUGUGCCUCAGAAUUAAAUGCACACAGUUGGCACUCAAACUAACCUGAGGUUACAGCCCAACAAAAUGUUUCAUAUAGUUUUUGAGGUGGAUUAUACAUAGUUCGGUCCUCAGAUGAUCAGUGUUUAGAACUAGGGCAUGAAAGUAGCAGUCAAAUAGGAAACAGAAGAAAAAUGUGUAGUCUUGAUAAUUAAUAGAGAGGAAGUCUAUAAUUUCCAGAUUGGAUGACUGGGCAGUGGCUAUUUGCAGGAAUUCAGAAGCGAUUUGGGAGUAAAGUGGGGGUACACACACAUAUUUAUCUAUGGAUUUACAUACAAAACUUGAAUGGUUGAGAUCAACCAUGGAAAGCUUUGAGUCCACAAAGAUGACUAGGAAGCAGUCGUCUGAAAAACAGAAGAGAGCAAAGUCAAGGAAGCCAAGUGAGGAGAUAACUUCAAGUCUGGACCGCUAACAAUCUAGUUGCCUCAGGUUGAACUAAAACAUUCACGUGUUUAUGCAUGUAGUCAUAAAGAGAUCAUUGUUGACCUUUGCCACAGGAAUUUCAGAACGUUGAGAAAAUGGAUUAAAUGGGCUUAAGAAAUGACAAAGAAGUGAAAGCUUGUUUCAGUGUUUGUUAUGUCUCCUCAAGUAAGGAACAUUGUUAGGCUAAAAAGUAUUUUUCCUAAAUUUUGUUUCUUUAAAAAAGUAGGAUUUCAUGGUAAAUAGCUAUUAUACGCUCAAGCAAUGGAUUUUUCCUUUAAUUAAUGAGGUAGAUAAUAGAUUUCCUAAUGUAAAACUAUCCUAACCUCCAGAUACAAACUACACAUUGUUUUAAUACACUGCUCAUCAGUUGCCUUGACAACUGACUUUGUCACACAUUUAAUAGUAUGCAGCUAACUAAAACCUCUGGAGUCAACUUUGGCUAAAGGUCACUUGCAGAAUGUGAAAAUAAAAGCAGCAUAUAUACUUACUGUGUCUCACCCAUCUUGGAUGCUGUCCAGUUCUUAGGAUACCAGGUCUUUUAAAGCUAUAUAAUUUAGUGUGUAAAUAUUUCUCAAUUACCAUGAUCUUUCAGACUUGUUUUUCUGUAUUACCAUCAUGUAAUACCUAUUUUUAACGUAGAUGCUACUGAUUAUGAAGCUAUUACUGUACAAUCAUUAGUAGACUGAAAUAAAGUGUGUUCACAUUGGUAAAGUUAA